AUUUUGUUAUGUGAUUUUGGGAUUUAUUUAAUUUUUUGUAUGAUUUUUAUUUAUUUAUUUAUUUAUUUACUUACUGCUUCCAGUGUUUUGGACUAGUAUAAAAUGUUGCAGAAUAUAUUGCAUGUUUAUAGGAUUUUUUAAGAUUCGUCCCAGGUUCUGACAAAUAUUUAAAUGUUGAAGAAAGAAAAAUGUUAGGUAUAUUUUUCCUCUUUUGGGGAAUUAAUUGCGUGUAGAUAAUGUAAUUUAAACUAGUAGUGCGACAACGGAAUCCGGGUGGAGGGGUAGUACUUAAUUUUUUAGCGUAGGUAAUUUCAGUUUGUGGAAAGAAGAAAUUGUGCUUGCGAUAGUUAUUGUGUUGCUGCAAUUUGUUGAGUGGGUGCCAUUGUGACAAGUUUAGGUAUAAUUAUGAGAAAGGCUUUCUUUUUUUUUCUUUUUUAUUUUAUUUUUUAUAAUGGAAUGUUUUGCUGCUUGCAGAGCUUCAGGAGAGAGGUGUUGGGAAUGUCAUCUUUUCAGUACAAAGAGUUUUCUUCAAAAGGUCGAAAGAAAUCUAAAUCAGAUGGAAGUGACUCUAAUGAUGAAGGCCUGUCAAAGAAAGAAUUAGCUCUUAAACAAGCGUUAGACCAAAUCACAACUUCAUUCGGAAAGGGAUCUAUUAUGUGGCUUGGUCGGUCUGUAACUCCUAGAAACGUCCCAGUGGUGUCUACUGGUUCAUUUGCUCUGGACAUAGCAUUAGGAAUUGGAGGACUCCCCAAGGGGCGUGUGGUUGAGGUUUUUGGACCAGAGGCAUCUGGGAAGACUACUUUAGCCCUUCAUGUAAUUGCUGAAGCUCAGAAGCAAGGAGGGUACUGUGCCUUUGUUGAUGCUGAACACGCUCUUGAUCCAGCUCUAGCCGAAGCUAUCGGUGUAAAUACACAAAAUCUGCUUCUAUCACAGCCAGAUUGUGGUGAACAAGCUCUUAGCCUUGUGGAUACUCUCAUUCGAAGUGGUUCACUUGAUGUUGUGGUAGUUGAUAGUGUUGCUGCCCUUGUGCCAAAAGGAGAACUUGAUGGUGAAAUGGGUGAUGCACACAUGGCAAUGCAAGCAAGGUUAAUGAGCCAAGCACUUCGAAAAUUAAGCCAUUCAUUGUCUCAGUCACAGUGUAUAUUACUUUUUCUGAAUCAGGUGAGGGCAAAGAUUUCAACUUUCGGAUUUGGUGGUCCUACCGAAGUAACUUGUGGAGGUAAUGCUUUGAAGUUCUAUGCGUCGGUGCGCCUGAACAUCAGGAGGACUGCAUUUGUCAAGAAAGGAGAAGAGAUUGUCGGGAGUCAGGUCCUUGUGAAAGUCAUAAAGAACAAGCACGCACCUCCUUUUAGAACUGCUGAAUUUGAAAUCGAGUAUGGCAAGGGCAUAUGCAGGGAUGCAGAGCUCAUUAGUCUGGGUGUCAAGCACAAACUAAUAAAUAAGCAGGGUGCUAUGUACGCCUUCAACGGCCAUAAUUUCCGUGGGAAAGAUGCAGUUAGAAAGUAUCUCAUUGAGAAUGUAAGAGAAAGAGACGAGCUUGAAACAACACUUAGAGAAAAACUACUACAUUCAGCAGAGGAGGCUGCAGAGGGAGAUGUCACUGAACCUGCAGAAGAAACAGUUCUGCCUGAUGCAACUGAUGAAGAUGUAGUGUCAGCCGCAGAAGCAUAAGACUUACAGAAAGUUCUUUUCUGGAUGGCUUUUGGUGUCAGAUAAUUUAAGCAGCUUCUACUACAGAGUAGUUGUGAUCAAACAUGUGCAGAAGGUAAUAUAAGGCUCUGAAUACGUAGAGGAUUUUUGCUUGCAAUUGUCAGGGUAUACUUCAACCUAUAAGUUAAUAUAUCACUAUAUCAGUGCUUAAACUGGGAUGGGUGAGUAUAGUUUUGGCGGGUCUCUAAAAUUAGAGAAAUCCUAAGCUACACCCAAUGUAUUAUAGGAGUGAGGUUAGUUCUUUGAAAUUUUGAAUAGUGUAUAUUUCACUAAUUUAAGAAAGCUCAAAUUUCCAGGGUUAUGGUGGUAGUAAAGCUCUGUUGUGUAUCAUAGUAUCUGGAGGAAUAUUAUGAAGAAUUUUGGCCUAAAAUGCAGUGGUUGGAUUGACACACAGAAUGUUUGUACAGUUCGAUAUAAUUUCUUAUAUGAAGUAUUUUGUCUGUUUCAGUGUUUAUAGCUCA